CUCAGAUGAUAGCCAUCUGGAUCGUCCAUCCGUGACGCGAAUGGCCCCCACGCCCGACUCCGCGGUCCGCGAUGCUCUGGGAGAUUGCCAGGCCGCGCCGCCGCUCGUCCUCUCCUUGAGACGGCGCGGGGAGGCCACGGCGUGGAGGUUCCCGGAGCGGAGCGAUGCGCAUCGCCGCGCCGCUCCAUCACCAGCGAGGCUUCGGUCACUGCGUCUCUGCUGUAUCCCCAUCUCCAGCUCCGUGCAGUGCGGUGUCCGGCCUCUGGUGUCGACCGUACCCUGCCUCUCCCUUGGCAGGAAUCAUGACAUUGUGUGGAGAGUUUGCUGCUGGAUCCUGACUCCUGAGGGUGCUGUGAAGCCACGGAGGCAAAUCAAAAUUUCCUGAUUAAUUAUGAUCAUUUGUGAUUCCUCAUACCAUAAUGUUAAUCGCCUAUACGACGAUACAAGUGCCUGGAUCACAGAAGCAACCUACUCUCAGUGACAAGUGAGGAUUUUCAAGAGAGCCCAAUUAUAUGCCGAGGGAGAAAGAAAAAUCGUUAUCUCUAG